AUGCCGGCAUCUCACACGAUAGAACUGCAUUUCCCGCUUCCGGCUUACCUGUCCCCGGAUCUCGUCGUGCAGCACCUCCAGGCCUACGAGCCGCUCAUAACGCCACACCCGUACCUGCUGCGAUACAACCGGCGGCCAGUGGACGAGAUCGACGUCACCACAGACCCGUUCUUCACGGAAGACGGCGCCAGGAUAGAGUGCUACGAGGUCUUCGAGCGCAUUGUCAUCGUGCCCCUGCUCGGCUUGUCCAAGGACAUCAAGAUCCCGGCCAUAUUCCAGUCCAUCCCGGCCGGCGUGCGGUGCCGCGCGGACGCGCAGGGGGGCGUGCGCGUGUGGUCGACCUACGAGGUGCAGCGGCGCGACCUCGGCGCCGAGUUCGAGAGGGCCGGCCGCGCGGACUCGGACGGCGUCGCGAGGGACGACCUCCAUGACAUUGUCGACGGCGCAGGGCUGAGCUCCCCCGGCGCCGGGGAGUGGGAGCUGGUCGAGUACGCCAGGGUGGAGUGCAAUCCGAUCGUGAAGCCCUUCGUCGUGAAGAGCUUCGAGGCUGCCCACAAGGACCUCUGCCAGAAGGUCAUUGAUGAGCUGAAGACGAAGACGAGCAAGGAGCAUCUUGCGCAGGUGCAGACACAUGCCCAGCGGGUGCCUGUUGUGGUGCCCACUCCGGGAGUGGUGGCUUAG